GGCCCGGCGGCGCGCGGGCAGCGGCGGCGGCGGCGGCGGCGGCGGCGGGGGCCCAAGAUGGCGGAGCUACAGCUGGACCCGGCCAUGGCGGGGCUGGGCGGGGGCGGCGGCAGCGGGCUGGGUGACGCGGGCCCGGGCCGCGGCCCCCCGAGCCCGCGCCCCGCUGGCCCCACGCCCCGCGGCCACGCUCGCCCGGCGGCCGCCGCGCAGCCGCUGGAGCCGGGGCCGGGGCCGCCCGAGCGCGCGGGGGGCGGCGCGGCGCGCUGGGUCCGGCUCAACGUGGGCGGCACCUACUUCGUGACCACCCGGCAGACCCUGGGCCGGGAGCCCAAGUCCUUCCUCUGCCGCCUCUGCUGCCAGGAGGACCCGGAGCUGGACUCGGACAAGGACGAGACGGGGGCCUACCUGAUCGACAGGGACCCCACCUACUUCGGUCCCAUCCUGAACUACCUCCGCCACGGGAAGCUCAUCAUUACCAAGGAGCUGGCCGAGGAAGGCGUGCUGGAGGAAGCGGAGUUUUACAACAUCGCGUCUCUCGUGCGGCUGGUUAAGGAGAGGAUCCGGGACAAUGAGAACAGGACUUCACAGGGGCCCGUGAAACACGUGUACCGCGUGCUGCAGUGCCAGGAGGAGGAGCUCACGCAGAUGGUCUCCACCAUGUCCGACGGCUGGAAAUUCGAGCAGCUUAUCAGCAUCGGCUCCUCCUACAACUACGGCAACGAGGACCAGGCCGAGUUCCUGUGCGUGGUCUCCCGGGAGCUGAACAACUCCACCAACGGCAUCGUCAUCGAGCCCAGUGAGAAGGCCAAGAUUCUCCAGGAGCGCGGGUCUCGGAUGUGACGUGGAGCUGGUGGAGCGCCCUCUGCAGGCGCCGCUGGGAUGCGCACCCGCCCCUGCAGCGCGGCGCCCGCCCGGCGGGGACCGGCCGCCCCACCCCGCGCGGGGACAGACGGCAGCUGCUGCACGCCACCUCGGCCCGCUUUGUCUCCUUAGCAGUGUUAGCGCAGCUCCUGCCCCCGCCCACCCGCGGGCAGAGGGGGCCGCCUCCAGCCCCCGCUCCCCUUGCCGCACCCCAGAGCCGCGGGGGCAGCCGGCCGGCCGCGGGUUGCAUCGCAGUUGGCACAGAGGACAGUGGCCGGAGCGGCCGACCCCUGCGGACGCGGCCUCUGGACACGCGGCGAGCUGGGCCGUGGCGCGAGAAGGGGCUGCUCAGGGGGCGGCGCCCGCGGUCACUCGAUCUCGUCGUCUCCUGCAGCCUGGGCGGACGGCGGGACAACCGGACGGACAGACAGAGAGGCGGACAGACUGCUGCGCGCCCCUCCGACCCUCCCGUGGCCCGUCUCCCCUCCCGGCCUCCUGGAGGCCGCGGGGCAAAGGGACUCGGACGCCCCGGCCAGGGGAGGCGUUUCUUUGCCGAGUUGCCAGUGUGUUUUGUCGUUACCAAAAGUAUUGUUAUUUCCGUGCUUGUC